CACUACUACCAUAGGAGCAUGCACACGGGAAUUUAUCAGCCGACAUGUUCACACUGUCUCCUCAAGCCUUGACAUCUCGCCGCAAAGAUGAUUUCGCAACGGAGCCAGACGUCCGCUUCCAUUUUCCGUGCCACGCCUGAUGAAUACUGGCAAUAUGGUGUUGAGAAGCUAGUCACAUUUACAUGUUAGAGUAGGGAUUUCAUCUUGGUAUGAGACACUGCCAACCCAGAGUCUAUGAUCGCGGAUAUGUUUAUAAGGACCCACGGCAUGCUCUGCAUGAUAUUUGUACAACUCAACGAUCAUCAUGCUGCAUUUUUACCCAGCUAUGCGGUCCAAGACUGUUGUUGUGUCUCUGACACUCCUUGUACAUUACAUCACUGCGCUCCCAGCUGGGCCCGGAUAUUGGCCCAACGGCACAUAUUCUCCCACUUCCGAUUUUCAAACUGCUGCAGCCUACAGCUUGAUCGACACAUACGAUGCGAGCAACUGGCUAAACAAGUUUGAUGUUCAGGCUAUAGCUGAUCCUACACAUGGCUUCGUUGAAUACGUCAACGCACAACAAGCUCAACAGCUAGGUCUACUGAAGACGCAAGGAAAACAACUCUACAUGGGCGUGGACUCAACCUCAUUCCUGAACCCGCAAGGUCCAGGCCGCAAAAGCGUGCGUGUCCAAAGCAAAACAGCGUACAACCGCGCACUCGUCAUCGCCGACUUCGCCCACGUUCCUGGAAGUGCCUGCGGGUCAUGGCCAGCUUUCUGGAUGGUCGGCCCCAACUGGCCCAACCAGGGUGAAAUCGACAUCUACGAAGGCGUGCACCAGAACACAUACAACCAAGCCACCCUCCACACCUCACCAGGCUGCACCCCCACCGUCGGCGCCGGCGGCGAAACCGGCCACCGAGCCAGCAACGUCGACUGCGGCGCAGGCGGCGGCUACAACGGGUGCGGCGUGCAAUCCAGCGCCGCGACCUCCUACGGCACGGCCUUCAACGCCAACGGCGGCGGCGUUUACGCCACGCUCUGGACGAGCUCCGGCAUCAAGGUAUGGUACUUUGCGUCUCGAAACGUGCCGGCGAAUAUCCGCAGCGGGAACCCGAAUCCUGGCAACUGGGGCGCACCGAUGGCGAGCUUCGCGGGCUGUGAUUUCGACGCGAAGUUUAGGGACUUGAAUAUCGUGUUUGAUAUCUCGUUUUGUGGGGAUUGGGCUGGUGGGGUCUGGGGUCAGACGGCGUGCUCUCAGAUUAAUCCGAGCUGUAAUGCGUAUGUGGCGUCGCAGCCGCAGUCGUUUGGUGAUAGCUACUGGCUUGUCAACUCUGUGAAGGUGUACAGCGUUUGAAGCCAUGUUGAUGGUGGUGGUGGUAUAUGGAUUUCGGUUUGUGUAUAUAUUCGGCACAUGUUUUUCUUUUCCUUGUACAUACUCAGCAUGUUCCCCUUCUCUUUGCCAUUCAUGUAUAUACCGUCCUCUGUUUCGCCACUGUUCAUGUAAAUACCAUCUCUCUUCCACAUUCC